CCGGUAGGUCAAAGGUUGCUGGUUAUGUACGAGGAAAGGUGUUUGUAGGCCUGUAGUUGAUGUCGAACAUUUGCCUGAUAGUUACGCCAAAUUUACUGGUACAGUACAUCGUAAUGGUGCUGGGUCUAGGUGUACUUCGUACAUAAAACUGAUGUGAGCCUUGAGCGUGUUGAGUUUGAGGUCGGAGUAUUGAGAAUUUGAGAAUCGUGUGUUCUAACUUCUAUUGACCUGUUACCCGUGGCCGUGCCCAAGUUGAAGCCAAUUUGAUUCAGCCAUAUGGGGAGAAAAGUCACACUUGCAACAUGCACACUGAAUCAGUGGGCAAUGGACUUCGAAGGCAAUUGCAAACGGAUUCUGAAAAGCAUAGAAAUUGCCAAGUCCUUGGGUGCAAAAUACCGCCUAGGCCCGGAACUAGAAAUAUGUGGCUAUGGUUGCAACGACCAUUUCUACGAAUCUGAUACCUGCUUACAUUCCUUCCAAGUUCUGGCUGAGCUCCUCAAGUCAAAGGUCACACAGGACAUCAUAUGUGAUGUUGGAAUGCCUGUUCUUCACAAAGGUGUCCGCUAUAACACCAGGGUGAUCUUUCUAAACAGGAAAGUGUUGUUGAUCAAGCCCAAGUCAGAUAUGGCUAACUAUGGGAAUUACCGGGAACUGCGAUGGUUUAAAGGUUGGGCCAAGGAACGAACAGUGGAGGAGUACUUCCUCCCAAGGAUGAUCACACGAAUAACUAAUCAGACAACAGUUCCCAUUGGAGAUGGAGUCAUUUCCACUCAAGACACAUGCAUUGGGACUGAGAUCUGUGAAGGUCUCUGGACAGCUAACAGCCCACACAUUGGGAUGUACUUGGACGGUGUGGAGAUCAUCACUAAUAGUAGUGGUAGCCAUCAUGAGCUGCGGAAAUGUCACACAGUCAUCGACUUGGUCAAAGCAGCCACUUACAAGUGCGGAGGUAUCUACAUGUAUUCCAACCUGCGGGGGUGCGACGGAGAGAGGGUGUACUACCAGGGGGGAUCUCUCAUCGGAAUGAACGGCAACAUCGUCACCCGGGGAGACGAUUUCUCUCUCACAGAUGUGGAUGUUGACGUAGCCACCUUGGAUCUUGAAGACGUCCGUGCCUACAAAGCGCAGAUCAGCAGCAACAACUUGUAUUCUGCGGGUGUCCUGAAGUCCUUCCCUCGCAUCAAGGUGGAGUUUGCCCUGUCCGGUGAUGUGGAGUCUUCCCACCGCGUCAAUCCACCCAUCUCCUGCACCCUGCCCACCCCAGAGGAAGAAAUAGCCCAGGCCCCUGCCUGUUGGCUGUGGGACUACCUGCGACGGAGUGGUCAGGCUGGUUUCUUCUUGCCUCUCAGUGGUGGCAUAGACAGCUCAGCGACAGCAUGCAUCGUUGCUUCCAUGUGUCGACUAGUGUGCGCUGCAGUCAAUGACGGAGAUGAGCAGGUACUGGAGGACGUCCGACGUAUCACAGCUGAUCCCUCUUACGAGCCCAGCAACCCUCAAGAGCUAGCCAGUAGGAUCUUCUUCACCUGCUACCUGGGUACAGUCAACUCCUCGGUGGAUACCUACACCCGGGCCAAGAACCUGGCUGCAGAAAUCGGAUGCAAUCACACAGGCAUCACCAUUGACUCAGCCGUCAACUCCACCGUCAACGUCUUCAGCAAGGUCAGCGGCAAGGCGCCACGGUUCCGGGCGGAGGGGGGCAGCGCCAGGGAGAACCUUGCCCUGCAGAACGUGCAGGCCCGCACCCGCAUGGUGCUGUCCUACGUCUUUGCCCAGCUCAGCCUGUGGUCGCAGGACAAGCCGGGGGGUCUGCUGGUGCUGGGAACAGCCAACGUGGAUGAAAGUCUGCGUGGCUAUCUCACCAAGUACGAUUGUUCCAGUGCCGACGUCAACCCCAUUGGUGGCAUCAGCAAGUCCGAUCUGCGCAUGUUCAUCAAGUACGCCAUGGAGAAGUUCAAUCUGCCAUCCCUUAGAGGGAUCAUGGAUGCACCACCGACAGCUGAGUUGGAACCUCUGAAGGAAGGACAGGUGUCACAGACAGAUGAGGAGGACAUGGGCAUGACCUAUGCGGAGUUAUCCACAUACGGUCGACUCAGGAAGAUAGCCAUGUGUGGCCCCUACAGCAUGUUCUGUAAGCUGGUCCACGAAUGGAAGGAGACCUGCACUCCAUCACAGGUGGCUGAGAAGGUGAAGCAUUUCUUCCGCUGCUACUCCAUCAAUCGGCACAAGAUGACCACGCUGACGCCGGCCUACCACGCCGAGAGCUAUGCCACCGACGACAACCGCUUUGACCUGAGGCAGUUCCUAUACAACACCAAGUGGUCCUGGCAGUUCAAGUGCAUUGACGAGGAGGUUGAGAGGUUGAACGAGGAGAGGUCGAAGGAGACAAAGACAGAGAGGCAGAAAAUGUCUCUGGAUGUAUCUGAUAGAUCAAACUCGGAAAACUCCCACCAUGCUUCAACCUCCUCCAACACGACCCCACACAAGGUCAUCCAAGGUCACGGGGUCAAGGUGAGUAAGGACAGCUUUGUUGAAUCAGUCUCCUGCAUCCCCAUAGUGCCCACAGUCACUGUUACAACGGCGACAGGUGAAGCCGGUUCCCUGUCUGACGAUUCAUUGGGUGAUGAAGCAACCCCAGAGGCAGUAACCGGCACUCCAACCUCUGCGGACGACACAGGAGCUCCGAGAAUGCGGAAACGUGGCCACGCUGGCAAAUCAACGGCAGAAUCGCACCUGGAUGAUUCUCCUAAGAAGAGGCGAACAGAGGUUGGUAACGGCAACAACAAUAAUGGCAACAGCAUCAACCAUGGCAGCAAGGAUCAGACCCCAUGGAAACGCAUGGGAACCUGGCUGAAACGUAGAAUGUCAAACGAAAACAAUGCUAUUACAAGUGACACAAACACCACAAAAACUAAAAAGUAGACACCGGCAAAUUGUUUUGCCGUGAGAAGUAUUUCGUGCCCACAAAGAGGACAAAACCAGUUAGUAAUUGAAAUAGUAAACAUUUCAAAGCUGGGGCCAAUUUCAUAGAGCCGCUUAAGCACAAAAAAACCUUGCUUAGAAAACAAAGGU